UUUUAAAUCGCUGCUCAUUGCCCAUGGAGUCUUUAAAACACAGUACGAAAACAAUGAAAGUUGGAAGGGACCGGCGAUUCCUUAAUCCUUAUGACCAACGGCUAUACGAUUCUCAGCCUCCCGCCAAAAGCUCUGGCACUGUUAAUGGAAAAUAACGGUAAUAUCAAAGAAGAGGCAGGUGAAGUUAUUGACUCUUCACCGCUUCGUAGCCGGAAUCAGAUCCGAAGAGUAGCCUCAACGUGAAUAUGUAUUAGGUGGCAAAACUAUAAUACUGUACCUCUCCACCUUACCCAGCAAUGGCGUCGGCGUUCUGCGCCUUCACCAAAUUUUCCCCACCUGCUCACAAACCUAUCACUAUUACUAGGAAAACCGUAGUUUCUGUUUCUCUUCGCUCCCCAUCAACACGUGUGAAGAGAAAGAAUCAUUUACGCCCUAAGCUUUUGAAAACCCUAACAAAACCCUACUCCAUAGAACUCGGUGAGAGCAUAGAAAUCCACCGAGACCAGCCGUACAAUGAAGGGUAUUUUGACGAGGUUUCACACGAUAUGAUUCGACAAGUAGAAGAAGAAAAUAUUGAGAUAGAGUUGGAGUCACUUGGUUAUUGUGCUUCUGAGACUGCGGAAGCUGGAGUUUCUAAUGCUGUUGGUGUUGUUUCUUCAAGGUCAGUGCUUGAAUUGGCAUUUUAUUUCCUAGGUCUCUUUAUUUUUCAAACGGUAUGUACUGUUUGGGUAUUGGGUUCCGCUGAUAUUGGCCGGGAGAAUAGAAAUGGUGAAGCGGAGACUGAAUCGUUGGUUUCAGUCCUGGAAAUGCAGAAAGGGAAGAGAAAGGACUCUUUGUUGAAGGGAAAUGGCCAAAACUUUCUUGGCUCUAAACCUGGCGAUGUAAUUUAUGUGGAUAAGUCCCAAGUGGAAGAUAAAAUAGUUGAAAUUAGGGCUAUGGCUAGGGAAGCUAGGGAGUGUGAAGCAAGGAAGUUGAGGGCCAAUGAUGUGAGCUCUUCUUUAGAAGAUGCCUUGGGGAAUGGUCGGGAAGAAGUUAAAAUUAAAAACCCAAUUCAAGAAGAAGUAAAUGAGCGCUUGGUAAAGUUACAAAAGAGGCAGGAGAAAUCUCCAAUGGCAUCAGUUAGUUAUUUGACUGAUUCAGUAAAGGUUGACGAUAGGAAAGAUUCAGAGAGUUCUGAAACAAAAGAGAAAGCUGGGGAACUUAUAUUUAAGAAAAAACACAAGUUCAGAAGCUCCCUGGCUGGUUAUAAAAAUAAAACAAAAGGUUUUAAUGGUUCAAAGUACUCUAGUUUGCCUAGUGAUAAUAGCAGAGGAGCUACAAUUAGAGAUCAAUCUCUAAUCGAUGGAAAUAAUGCUAGUAAUGAUUUGGAUUUAUCAGGCCAAGAAAAGAAGCCAGACCUAUCCCAUACUGAUUCUUGGAAGACUAUGCCUGCAAAGAUGGAGAAAGAGUUGCACCACUUGACUGACGAGGCAUCGGGAGAAAAUAUGCCAGAGGGACUGGAAACUGAAAAGAGGAGAAAAGAAAUUUCAGUCAGCAAGUUGGGUUCAUCCCAAUCUGUUGGAAAGAAGUUGCACAAAGAGGGGGUGAAUUCAAGAAGGGAGACUAGGAAUAGAGUUGAGAAUUCUGGAGCCAAAGCUGGUGGCAUUCAAGAAAUCAAUCGUGAUAAGCAUUUCACUGAACUAGCAGAACCACGAGAGUUCACUGAAUUGAAGACUCAAGCAUCUCAAAGCUUAACAAAAGAAAACCAGAACGCUUCCAGAGUGCUCUAUAGCCGGGCUUCAUUGAGUAGCAAUGGCAAUUGCAGCCUGCCUUCAGAUACUAGAGAAAAUGAGAACGAUUUUUGGUGGUUGAAGCUUCCCUAUGCCCUAGGUAUUCUCUUGCAUAGAGGUUCUGACCAUGAAGGACAAAGGGGACUUUAUUCCCUAAAGGUCAGCUCAAAUCCACAGGACACAAGUUGCUCGUCUUAUACUGUUGCUUUUGAGGACCGCACCGACGCUACUAAUUUCUCUUAUCUACUGGAAUCCUUUUUUGAAGAUCUUGGUGACUGCAGUGCCAACGUUGUUCCUUUAUCAAUAAAAGAACUGAAGGAGUCAGUCAAGUCAAAUGUAAGGAAGGUUAUCGUUGUGAGGAAGGGACAAGUUAAGCUUUAUGCUGGGCAACCACUUGUUGAGGUUGAGAUGGCUUUGCGUUCCUUAAUACAGUGAACAGAAAAGAAAAUGGUGAUGAAGGGAGUGGGGAACUGGGGAGAAAUAUUACUCUGUUCCCUUUGCUGGGCCAGUUGUCACUCCGUGCUGACCUAAUCUCUUCCUGAACACGGUUGCCAUUUCUACGGGAGGUAGGGUCUCUGAAGUGCCAAUUGAAUCCCCAUCAUAGGUGAGCAGUGAAACCACUUGGUGUCACUACUUAAAAGAAAUACUCGGAGUUCCAUGAUCUUGAUAAGUUGACUCUGUGGUGGCAGGUUUACUCUGGCUAUAAUGUGUGCUAGCAUGAACUAUUGCAGACAGGCUCAUUCUUGUAGGAAUGAUGCUUGGAUUGUAUUUGGGAAUUUUAUCUUCAAUUUAUAUGUUUACUCAGAGCAUUGUCUCUUCUUUUGGAUAUUUCUUGGUUCUUUUGAUGUAACGCUGAUGUCUUUAUUUAAUAGCAUGAAAAGAAAAACAACAGAGUCAGCUUCUCCCUA